GUAAAGGCUAAUGGCCUAGGUUUGGCUUUCCCAUUGCACUAUGGCUUGGCCAGCCUACCAUCUUCCCAAAGUGGAGGAGUGGACGUCGUAAUUUGUGGAAGUUGAGGGCUCGCGUACGCGCGGCCCUCUCCAAAUCAAAAUUCCAAAGUAGUAAAUCUAUGACUUGAGAUCAGUAUGAUCCUUUGUUAGGUUUCAAUUAGGUCAGAGAAAGUUUUCGGGAAGAUUGAGCGAUGCGCAGGGGGGGCACGGCUAGGAAGAGAGCGUUCGAGUGAUGCGAGAGGCACCGCGCUCCUCUCAAGGCGUGCGCGGAGCUGGCGUUCAAAGAGGAGUCUCCGGAGAACAGAUUCCAGGUGUGGAAGCACCGGACCCUUGAGAGAUUUUCGAUCGGAGGUCAAACCGUGCGGGGAUUGGCUACUUUACUUCUGUUCUCUCACCAGACCGUGUUACUUUUCUCGUCGCUCUCAAGGCUUGCUCUAGCUGCGAAAGACGAAAGUAUGAAGAUCAAGGCUCUGGCCCAAGGCGCGAGAAUCCACUCCGGGACGUUUUCAUCUUGAAUGGGUGGACGCUGGCCGACAGGAUGCCUGGGAGUGGGAUGGCGAUGGCGAAGAAGCUCUACUGCUGUUUGCGGUCAUGCAGUACGAGGGAUGUCUUCCGGGUUCUCAGCUUUCGUGGCUAGGCUUGGCUGCCUCGCGGAGAGCGAAGUGUCGAUGGAUGAAGAUGAAGGCUUUGGAGAGAGGUAUGUAUGUUCAUUCUUAAGCUUUCUCCAGUGGCUGAUUUCGUGGCAAAUAGCCUGGUGGAUAUGUACGCGAAGUGUGGGAGCUUAAGCUGAGCUCGCGUCGGGUUUUCAACACGAUGAAACGCCACAGCGUGGUCUCGUGGACUGUUCUCACUGUGGGACAUGCUCAACUCGGGCAAGGUCGCACUCGCAGCUAAAGAAAAGAACCAGCCAUCGCCAAAAAUUUUGGACAAGAUCAUCGAAGUAGAGUGUCUGGCUGUUCGAAGUGGACAUGGUCUAGACGCUUUCGUGGCCAGCACCUUUAUCGAAGUUUACGGGAAGUGUGGAAGCUUGAGCAACACUAGCAGGGUCUUUGACACUCUCAAAGUGUGGUUUCGUGGGCGGCUUUGCUCUCGGCCUACGCUCGAAAUGGAGAAGCCAACCUUGCAGCUCUUCGCCUUGAUGCAACUGGAAGGCUGUGAACCCAACGCUCAAACUUCGUGACUGCUCUCAAGGCCUCUGUAGGAUUUACUUGGAGGCCGGAAGAAGGAUCCACUCGCAGCUCUCAUCGCGUGGACUCGAUGAAAAGCUCGCAGUAGCGAGCUCUCUGGUGAAUUUCUACGGAAAGUGUGGAAGCGAGGCCAGGGAAGCUUUCGGCGCGAUUGCUGACAAAGGGGGCCGUAGUGGCAUGGAGUGGCUUGAUCGAAGGCUAUAUUCGCCAAGGCAACACGCAGGAGAUGUUUGAUCUCUUCGACCGGAUGAUGGAGAGGGAUUUUGAGGCCUGGUGGAGUGACUUUGCAGCCACACUGGGGUGGCUCACAAGGCGAGAGAAGUUUUGUGGACGAUGAGGUGUGGUGUUGAUCCAAGCAUCGACCACUACUCGAUCUCUAUGGUCGAGACGAGUGGCCUUGGCAAUGCCUUUCGAUAGCAACGAAAUGUCUAUUCUGUAAACAUUGAUCCAUGAAAUGUCUAUUCUGUAAACAUUGAUCCA